AUGAAAGACCUCAAAGAACUUAAGCAUUGGAUUGAUAAAACUCAUCUGGACUUUCAAGUCGAGCUAGAAAUGAAUGCGCAGCUCUCAUCCGCCCUUGAUGGGCUCGAAAAUAAACUCAACUCUCUAUUGACAUCUCUCACCACUCCAGCUGCCGUAGGGGCCCCCGCUGCAGCUACUGCACUCCUUGAAUCCGAUGAUGUCAUCUCUUCUGCCCUCGAUACCCUACGAAUGCACCAAGCCAACUACGCCAAGGUACUACACCUACGCAGCGAAGCAUAUAACCUCGAAGAGCGUAUCCAGACCAUUGUACGCGAUAUCUCAGGCGCUGGGAAGGAAAUAGCUCAAGCUACUGGGGAUGAUGACGAUGAUGACUACGAAAUUGAUACAGAAAAUGACGAUGACGAUGACGAGUCUGAGACGGAUAGGGAAAGCGAAAAUACAGAGUCGAUUACACAACAGCAAAAGAAAUCUAAGAAGGGCAGAAGGAAAGAGGUGGACUAUAAACUCCUGCUCGAAUUCGCGCGGCGAAUUAGUAAAUACAACGCUCAAGCAGCGGCGGAUGCAACGACUGGAGUUAUGGGAACAAAUGGCUCAACGACAAAGAAACUACAGAGGAAGCAAAGUGAAGAUGCCAAGAUGAUCGAUGCCAACGGUCUAGAUGCGACAAUUGACCGACAGCAGCAGAAUGGUGAACAAGAAGUCACUGUUGGAACCGUGACGAAAGAAGCUACAAGCUGGCUUGAAGAAUCCGCUGAUGCAGAUCGGCAGUCUUUCAUGAUUCCCUAUCCGAACGAGGAUCGUAUACGCAUGGGGUUAAUGGGUCAGUUACAGCUCGCUGCGGUGGAUGGGAAUAUUGAUCCUGAGAAAGAGGCGGAGCGUUUGGUGCAGGAGGCUGAAGGUAUUUCUGGUGGUGUCGCAAGUGGUCUUGGGGAUGCCCAGGCUCGCCCUGAGGCACUUGCUGAAGAAGCCGGGAAGGCAGCUAUGAAUGCCGGAGCGCGGGAUGCAACGAGACCUUCAGCAAGAGGGGCGCCGCCGCCUGCUCAGCCUAGGCCAGCUUUGAAUUUGGACCUUUACGAUCCUGAAGAUGAUGAUUGA